ACAUAAACUACAAACUAAUGAAGAAAAGAGUGAAGCAAUAUUCUCAACAAAUAGAACUCGGAACACAAGAUCGACGGUUUGUACUUAAGGAUUUCUCAAGAAUGCUAGAUGUUCAGCUUGAGAAGACUGUUCUUUUCCUGUUGGAACAACAAGGGCUUUUGGCAAGCAGGAUAGCAAGGCUUGGAGAACAGCAGGAUGGUGCUCAGCAAGAGCCUGAAAUGAGCAAAAGGUCUGAAUUGCGAGAAGCUUAUAGAACAGCAGGACAAGAUCUAUUGAAGCUUCUCUAUUUUGUAGAGAUAAAUGCUGUUGGUUUGCGAAAAAUCUUGAAGAAGUUUGACAAACGCUUUGGCUAUAGAUUUACUGAUUACUACGUUAAAACUCGUGCGAAUCAUCCUUAUUCCCAGCUGCAACAAGUGUUCAAGCAAGUGGGUCUAGGAGCUGUUGUAGGAGCCUUAUCUCGCAACCUUAAUGAACUUCAGGACCAUCAAGGAAGCUACUUAUCAAUUUAUGAUGAGCCUACUCUUCCCCUUCAGGAUCCUGUCAUCGAUUUGAUAAUAGCAGCCGUGGAUAGGUUAACUCAUUCAACCAAUUUCCUUCACUUUCUGGGGCAACAUGCACUCAUUAUGCAAGAAGAGCUGCCUGCACCUACUGAUGAGCUUGUUGAUGAUCAGAGCUACCAUUUUAUGUCUCUUCUAUUAAACUUGGCUAACACAUUUUUGUAUAUGGUCAAUACAUAUAUCAUUGUCCCUACAGCAGAUGAUUACUCUAUGUACCUUGGGGCUGCACCAACGGUUUGUGGUAUUGUGAUCGGUGCAAUGGCCGUCGCUCAGCUAUUUUCGUCGGUAUAUUUCAGUGCGUGGUCAAAUAAAUCAUACUUCCAACCUCUUGUAUUCAGUAGCAUAAUUCUUUUUCUCGGAAAUGCCAUGUAUGCCUUAGCGUAUGAUCUUAAUUCAAUAUGGAUUCUCCUAAUUGGCCGUCUUUGCUGUGGAUUUGGUUCUGCUAGAGCUGUUAACCGGCGCUACAUUAGCGAUUGUGUGCCUUUAAAAAUCCGCAUGCAAGCAUCGGCAGGUUUUGUUAGUGCCAGCGCUCUUGGAAUGGCUUGUGGUCCUGCAUUAGCUGGUUUACUGCAGACAAAUUUUAAGAUUUACAAGAUUACAUUUAAUCAAGAUACUUUGCCAGGGUGGGUUAUGACUGUUGCUUGGCUUGUAUAUUUAAUAUGGUUGUGGAUCUCUUUUGUGGAACCUUCUCGUGAAUUUGAAGAGAAUCAUACAACAAAUAAAUCUAAUGCUGUAGACAACAACGCACUUGAAAAAGGCCUAAAACAACCGUUGCUAAUUAGUUCUGAGGAUAAGGAAGAUGAAGAGGCUGACGAUGGUGGAGAAGCUCCAGAAGGAUCACGUCGACCAGCCAAUUCAAUUGGAUCGGCAUAUAGACUCCUUACACCUUCUGUAAAGGUUCAGUUGUUGAUAUACUUCAUGCUCAAAUAUGUAAUGGAAAUUUUACUAUCAGAAUCUAGUGUUGUCACAACAUACUACUUUAACUGGUCAACAAGCACAGUUGCCAUUUUUCUUGCUGGCCUUGGCUUGACAGUUCUUCCUGUAAACAUCAUUGUUGGAAGCUAUAUAAGCAACAUGUUUGACGACAGGCAAAUUCUUUUGGCAUCAGAAAUCAUGGUUUUAGUUGGCAUACUCUCGGCCUUUCAUGUAAUCAUUCCAUACUCCGUACCACAAUACAUCUGUUCAGGUCUUCUUAUGUUUGUUUCUGCUGAAGUACUGGAAGGCAUCAACUUAUCGCUGCUCUCACGUGUUAUGUCAUCAAGGCUUUCUCGAGGAACAUAUAAUGGAGGGCUUCUAUCUACAGAGGCUGGAACAAUUGCAAGAGUGAUUGCUGAUGCAACUAUUACCCUUGCUGGCUACUUGGGUGUGAGUAGGCUCCUAAAUAUCACCCUGCUUCCUUCCCUCUUCAUUUGCAUAUUUUCCAUCAUUGCAACAUGCUAUACCUACAACUCUCUAUAUUGAUAUCUGUGGCUGGCUGCAAUGGAAAAGGAGAAUGCUGUUUGACACAACCUUCGUCUCAUUCGCUUGUUAGUUGAGCCUUAAAGCAUGCAUUGAUGUAUGUUUUAAGAAAAUUUUGACCCCCUUGGUUCAUUUGUCCAUUCUAUUUUCUUGAUCUAUAAAGACCUUAAGCUCGGUAAGGUAGCAAAAGUGGUGCAUGUGUUAGUUGAAGGUGGGUUUGGCAGAAUUACAGUGUGGCCGUCAUGAUUUUUGCGAAAAUUACAUUUUCAAGAUUCAAGAAAAUUGCAAUGCUAUUGUGAUUUUAUCAAACUCACUAUAAUUCCAAACAUGCACGUAGUAGACCAUCGAGCUUUUACCUAAAUCAUGUAAGGUUGUCCAAAUGCACAUUCUUAGCUGAAUGGAAUGGAUUCCUGAUAUUAAGAUCAAUUUUUGACACGAGAUCUAGUUAUUUGAAA